AUGGUGGGACCUCCAUCACAAGAGUUUGUCCAGAUACCAAUGCAAGUACACCCCCAGAGAACCAACUACACAUCCAUGCCUCUUCUACCUAGCAGGCCUUUGAAAAGCCAAGGACAUUUUGGACUAAUACAACCUAAACAAACAGUUGAGACUUUCUCACAAACCCAACAGGGAUUCCACAAACCCAUUUCUGGUCCUGACCUUUAUCCCGAUGUGAAGGAUGAGGUUAUAGAGCCAGAGAAACACAAUGUGAGUAGUAAUACAUUGCAUCCCACCUGGAUUCCCUAUGUUGCAGCGAAAGCUGGCGAAGAACAGUUACACUUCUCCCUCAAACUCAUGACUGAUGACUGGAGGUAUGAGCGCCCAUCUAACGCUUACUUUCUGGGAGAUUUCAUAAACCUGGAAGCCUCAGUGGUGCGUGCUAAUCACGUUCCUCUGCGGGUGUUUGUGGAAAGCUGCGCAGCUACUUUGGGCCCCAGCGGGGAAGCUGCCACCAUGUACACGUUCAUCGAGAACAGCGGAUGCAUGAUGGAUGCCAAGCUGACAAAUUCCAGGUCCAGGUUCAUGCCCAGGAUACAGGAUGACAAGUUACAGUUUCAGAUUGAGGCAUUCAGAUUUAAGCAAGAUUCCCUUGGAAUGAUCUACGUCACUUGUCAUUUGAAGGCUACUACCACUUCCAGUCCCACUGAUAUGAUGAACAAGGCCUGCUCAUUUGUUAAAGAAACCAACAGCUGGACUGCUAUAAACGGAGAUGAUCAAGUGUGUGGUUGUUGUGAGACAAGCUGCACCAUGAGGAAGGGCAGAAGUCUGGAUACUGAUGAUUCCACAUUGGAAGAUGAGGCUACUGUUGGGCCGAUUUUUGUCCAUGAACUGCUGUCAGUGGGGGAUGAGCCUCUACUGCAAAUUCACAAGUCUUCUCGGGUGUCGUCAAAAGAUGCAGAGUUCUCCAUGGAGUUGGUGCUCAUGACUGGUUUGGUGGUUGCAGUUGGACUUGUGUGUGUCAUUGUCCUUGGAACGUUGUUUUACCAAAGGCGGCAGAGACGGCUUGUGUUAACUUGUGAAUGACGAUAAAAGCGGUUUUAUCUUAA